GGCGGAAGAAUAUUUGAGCAUAAACAGUUGAGCAACAUAUUUCAAUGUAAUACUCACUGGCAUGUAUUCUUUAUCCCCUGCAAAGAAUGACUCAUAUUUCUACAGCAGAGAAGCUACCUGGCUGUAUUAAACUGCCCCCUGGUGGCCAAUGUAUGCACAACACCUGGCCCAGCACAAUAUCCACUGACUAAACAAAAAACUUACAAUUAUUUUUUGAAGAUGACAAAAUAUUGAGUGCUGUUUUUAUUUUUAAAAAAAUGUUGGAAAGAGGUUGCAAUGGAUUUGGAUUUUCAUUCAUUUUGAUCGAUCGGAGGUGUUUUGGUGGCCCCAAAACAAAUUCAAUUUUCAUGUCUCAAGGCGCCACAUUAUGUUUUUGCUUUAACAUUUUAAAUUUGGACUGUAACACUUACCCCCCUGCCCCAAAAUUCUACUUUCUAGAAUCUUUUUUGGACCACUUUUCUGCAACUUGUGCUACUUGCUAGCUGCCGUCGUACGUACGGCGCAUUCGUAUAAAACCCACGGCAAAAGUUUUUCUGCCCCUUGAGGUUGAAAUCUCAAACUUUUUUGUUUUAAUAAUACCAAGAUGAGAAAACUUGCAACUUAAACUAGCGACUAGUUACUACUAGCCACCCCGCAUCAGCCGUGCGAUGACAUCAUCAAAGCCCUAGCGUAGAGGACGAUGGCGAGACGCGAGCGCUCUUCGCCAAAACUCUGCAUUCUAAUUCAUGGAGAGCGCCGCUGGAAUUAUUAGCGUUAAUAAAAGACGCGUUGAAAAGAAAUAUUUGAACUCCUGCGAAAAGAGGCGAAGCGCGAGCUAGCAGGGGGAGCCCUCGCCGAGCCGCCUCCCCCCCGGGCCCGCCCCCGCAAACCCGGCGACGAGGACGCUGGACGGAGAUGCUCCCGCGCUAGCAAGCUAGCAAACAAUGAGCUUACGCAGCCAGGCGCUCGCUAAGGCGACCCCCCCUCAACCUGCGGCCCCGGGUCGGCCCCUUUGAGGCCAAACAUGUCCAAGAGGCUGAUCCAAAACCUCGCCAAGACCAUCUCCAAACAAGUGGACCGCUUCAAUCCGACGGAGGUGGAGUGUCUCAUUCGCGAGUUCUACUCCGUACUCGGGCAGACGACGAGCUCCGGCAAGAGCAGCUUGGACGAGAGGAAGUUUCGAAGCAUCCUCAGCAACGAGUUCGGCCUCACCAACAACACCAUCAUGGAAAGAGGUCGCGCGGCGUACGACCCGCGUGAGCAGCCGCCCACCUCUGGCCGACCGUCUGCCUUUUUUUCCCCAGUUUUCAGGACGUUCGACAAGGACAACGACAGCUUCGUCAGCGCCAAGGAGUGGGUGGAGGGCCUGUGCGUCUUCCUCCGUGGCACCUUGGAUGAAAAAAUCAAAUUCUGCUUCCACGUGUACGACCUGACCGGCGACGAGUACAUCUCCCGCGAGGAGAUGCUGCUGAUGGUGAGGAACUGCCUGCGGCUGCACGGCGAGGAGGACCCUUACGACGGCAUCAAGGACCUGGUGGAGAUCACGCUCAAGAGGAUGGACCACGACAAUGACGACAAACUGUCGUUUGACGACUACGAGAAGUCGGUGAAAGAGCUGGACAUCGUGCUGGAGGCCUUCGGGACGUGCCUCCCCAACGCCAUGAAGAUUGAGAUGUUCGAGCAGCGCGUAUUCAAUGAUAAAUCGGAGCACAGAUGAAGUCCACGUUUUUUUUUUUUCUUUUGUACUUGUGUUAGUUUUGUUUUCUAAUGUCGCCGUUUCUAAUGUUUUUAUAAUAAAUAUCCCUGUGUGGGUUUGGCUCCAGUGAAUCAGACACAUUUAUGAUUGUGAUAUUUACAGUUAAAACAUUCCGUUUCACUUUUAAAAGCAAAAGCUACUUCUUUGGUACCGAUCAUUUGGGAAUGAGCUACACAUCGGAUGGAGAUCAUUGCUCAAAAUGUUUGGGGCGCAAGCCCGUGUCUGUCAUUCAUUAGAAUGCUGACCUUUGAACUAUAGGCCUCUGAGAUGAACUUCAUAUGGAAUAUAAAAUUAAAUUGACAAAAAAAAAAAAAAAAUGAGGCGUAAAUACAGUACCUGUAACAAAGUUCGCAGUCAAGUACUGUAUUGUCAAAGGAAACGUCUUUUGGAUUCACUUCAAAUUAAAAGCUUAGUCCAGCUAGAAAGCUGCAGUAAUGUACCAGUUUAAAGCUUACGCGGUAUUAUUUUGAAAAGCAGGUCUCCUGCCUAUCCGACUCACGGGUAAUUUAAUUUCUCAAACAUUUAAAUUUACUUGAAGAAAAAAAAAACACGAACCGGUGCGUUAUUUGUAAUUGUUUCGUCGACAGAAAUUGACUCCAAAAAGUAGCACGAAUCACAAAGUUUGUACACGGGGACCGUCCGAACUACAGUUGCGUUUCCUUUUUUUUUUCCGCCAUG